AUGAGUGAGGCAGCAGGCAAAACUUUAAGGAAAUAUAAAAUUGUUUUUCUCGGAGAACAAGGUGUUGGGAAAACUUCAUUGAUCACAAGGUUUAUGUACGAUACAUUCGAUGAUAAUUAUCAGGCAACUAUCGGUAUUGAUUUCCUAUCGAAAACAAUGUAUUUGGACGAUAAAACCAUUAGAUUACAGUUAUGGGAUACUGCUGGGCAGGAAAGGUUCAGGUCCUUGAUCCCAUCGUACAUACGUGAUUCGCAUGUAGCAAUUGUGGUGUACGAUGUGACUAAUAGGAAAUCUUUUGAAUACAUUGACAAAUGGAUUGAAGAUGUCAAGAUGGAACGUGGUGAGGAAAAUGUAAUAUUGGUUAUCGUUGGUAACAAGAGUGACCUUGUAGAAGAAAGACAAGUAUCGACUGAAGAAGGUGAACGGAAAUCAACUGUACUAAAUGCCAAAUUGUUUAUAGAAACUUCAACAAAGGCAGGAUUUAAUGUUAAAACACUAUUCAAGAAGAUCGCAAAGCUUCUUCCUGAGUUCCAAGACGCACAGUCUACUCCCCUUGAUAAUGACACUAACGAUAAGAAGCCCGGUGUCAUCAACCUCGCCGCACCAGAUGAAUCCCAACAGUCAAACGGAUGCUGUUGA